AGUUUUCCUGUAGAGGCGCUUGUCUUUCUCCGGCCCUGGAUGUGCGGCAGAAGCCGUCCACAGAAGGUGUGUUUGUGUCCAUUCUUCCCUGUGUAUCCUCUAAAAGUCUCCACCUGCCUGUAUAUAAUUCAGCAUCCAGCAGAGGAAAGUCGAGUAUUAAGGACAGUGCCUCUUUUAGCUGCUUGCCUCCCCCAAGACAAGUGUAAAGUCUUGAUUGGUCGACGUUUUGGUGAAGACAGGUAUCCUGAAUUAGCAGCUGUGUGCAGAAAUUCUAAUACUUUAAUUCUGUAUCCUGGAGCCGAAGCAGCUAAUUUGGAAGAAGUGGCCUUGAUCCUACCAACUCCAUCCACAAUCAUCAUAAUUGAUGGAACAUGGAGUCAAGCGAAAGAUAUAUUCUACAAAAACUCUCUUUUCCGCUUUCCUAAACAGGUGCAAUUGAAAACAAGCAUUUCAAGUCAAUAUGUAAUUCGUACCCAGCCAACAAACACCUGCCUUUCUACACUUGAAUGUGCAGCUAUUGCUCUUGCCAUUAUGGAAAAAAAUGAUGGCAUUCAGGAGACUAUACUCCGUCCUCUUCAAGCUUUGUGCUCUUUCCAGCUUCAGCAUGGUGCCCAAAUCCAUCACAGCAAGGAGCAUCUUCUUAAAAAUGGUUUAUAUGACAAGCCCAUGCCAAAGAACAAACGCAAGCUCAGGAGAAUGGAACUCUUAGUGAAUAAUGUGAAAAUCUAGAAAGUCUGUUCACACAGUACUAGGGACUUUAUUUUUUGUACCUAACAAAUACAGUUUGACAUGGGAUUGUUCCAAAAAACCAUCCAUAUGGUAAUAGACCUUUUAAACCCUUUGUAUUCGGCAGGCUUCCUGUCAGCAAUAUCAGCUACAGUAAUAGGCAGCAUGUUUAGUUUUGUCAUUCUACAAGGCCAGGUGUCUUUGUUCAACUUAAAAUCCCCUAUAGAGGGGAGGAAAACUACAGUGAAUAGUGUAGAGCUAUUUUGUCUCUAGAGUCAGUAUGUGAUCCCCAUUAAGACUGGGUAGAUUUACUUUGGGAAAGGUUUUUUACAGUACUGAAGAGUAGGCAGUCUGUUAAAGUAGGUAAGGGUAAGGAUUCAGUAUUUGGAAAAAUAUUGAAUUACUUCUCAGCAUUUUAAUUUUAAUUAGCAGUUACAGUAGGGUAUAAUUAUAAAUCCCUAUAUCAGUUAGUUAACCUGAACAUAAGGUAAUGUGAUCAGAGUAUUUUGUUUUUAAAUUUUGUGAGGCUCUUGUUUCUUAUUUUACUUGUUAUAGACUUACAUCCAUGUUGUUGUGCUGAUAUACGUACUUUGAGCAUGUCUGCAGUUUUCAAGGGUUGUCCUUGGCUGAGAUAGGCCAACAUAUUUUGUUCAGAUUUCAAUAAAGAGGAAAAUAAGGAAAGGGAGUUGGAGCUAAGCUUUUAUCUAAAUUGUAGACCAAUUACUGUACUCCAUACUUGGGCAAAAUUUUGCUUGUCCAUGUAAAAAGUGUAGAAUUUAGCCUAAAGAGUAUAUGCAAUAUACUGCAUUUUGUUUAAUCACUUUGAUUUGGAAUUUACAUAUAUUUCCCUUAGAAAUUUCUGUUGACACCCUUUCAGAAUUGAAUAGUCUAGCCACACUAUAUAAAUACGUUUGCAGAUUCAUCAAAUCUUGUCUACACUGGUGAAGCCAUUCUUUUCAGCAAUUGCGGAGCUGAACUAUUUCUGCCAGAAGUGGAAGCACUAGAAAAGACAAGUUUCAGAUAUUUUAUCAGUGUCAUGAAACAGGUUUUCAUGGCACGAUGGUAAAAAGUAGUAAUAUUCGAGCUUUAUCAUACUGAAAACCCACUUUAUGAAACUGUGGUAGUAAAAAUGCCUGAUCCAUGUCCUGACUGGCAGUUAUACUAUAGGUAGCAGCAAUACAGCUAUAGUAAUUAUUCUUAGGUCUGUCUAUAGGGUAUUUUCCCCAUAAUUUAUGACUGCUGCUACCACUGAACUCUUAAGUGAUUACUCGUGUUUUAACAGUUGUGGAUAUGUCUGUUAGGAAAAGAGAUCAAGGUUAGGUCAUAGCCAUCACAUUGGCUAACUAUGACCUUUUCCUGAAUCUAGAUGUAAUUUAGAUAAAUCCCAUGUCUGCUACUAACACCGAUACAACUGAAUUGGUGGUACUGAUGAUGAGAAAAUCAGGAGCAGAAAAUCUAAUGUAGACACCCACUCUGUAGAAGCACAUUUUUUAGUAAAGCAGGCAAGAAUUCCUGUUUACGUGGUAACUAAGCUUUUCUAGGUUAACACCACAUUGACUGGAAUGGAGUAUUUUCCCACUUUUCUUGCUCCUAUUGUUUCAUUUUGCCACCUUUCACAUUCAGUGGGACAGCAGUAUAUCCCUCAGUUUACAUUAUGAAGAUUAUUUUCCCUAACAGAAGGAUUAAAUACUACUUUUCACAAAAAAUGUAAAUUCAAAUUCUGGAAAACAGAGGAAAAUCUGCAUUAAUACUCUAUAUUCCCAAACAACUGAAGUCUUAGUGGAUCAAAGAAAUAGUCUAUUUAAUUGGGUUACAAUUCUACAUGAAGUAUGUCUCUGUAUAUAGUAUGUGAAUUGAAGGAUUUUUCAAUUCUGCAUAAAGGUUAGAUUUUCCUGUGCUUAUAUGAGUGAUUUUUACUGAUGUGAAUCAUCUUAUUGAUGUGAGGCAGCUCCCAUGAGUGUUACUUAAGUGAAUAAUGUUCAUAGGAUCAAGCGUGAAUGUUGAACAAAGGGAUGUCUGUUGCUGUCAAGUCUGUACCAUAUAAGUGCAUUACUAUGCAACAAUUAUUUUAAAAAUGAAAAUAUGUGAAGUUUAUUUUUUAUGCUUCAGGUACUGGAAUCUUAAUAUUUUACUUUGUUCGAGGAUUUUUUAAUUUCUAGUUUAUCUGUAGCAGUAAUUCUUUUAUCUGGGAUGGCCAUCUAGCUGCUACAUAGUUGUCACAUGCAUUUGGAUCAGCUGAUCAAAAUUUUUUGUUCAUUGCCAUUUUACAGAGAAAUGACAUUUAAUUUUAUUAAAGUUUUUUUUUUUUUAAUCUUCUUCCUCUGUUAAAAUCCAGGUCUGUUUUUGCAGUUCUUUCUUGAAGACCAUGCAUAAUAUUUUCUCAAAUUAUACUUUUGUUUUCUACUCAUUAUGAGUAUCCUAUUUCCAUUAAUCUUUUCUGGACAUUAUGAACAAUUUCACCAACAUAUUUUGGACCAAAUUUUCAGUUAGGCCUAAGUCCAGCAUCCUUUUUUAUUUUUUUUGUAGGGCUAAUUGUGCACCCCCAAAAAUCUGUUUUUAAAUCUGUUAUAGGUGCAAUUUUAAUUUUAAAUAUUUGAUUUGUUUAAUAUUUCAUGUGUAUGUGCAAAAAGGUGUAAAACCAUCACUACUUCUGCCCUGAGUCCUCCAAUUUAUUACAGACCCCAAAAUACUAGCAGAAUUAUUUGCACAUAUAACAUUGUUCGUGUAAAGAUAGAGGACAUUCUUGAAAACCUGGCCCUUAAUCUAUUAUUUUUGUAAACAGACUGGUUUUGUAUACUAAUUUGUUACUACCUAAUUUCAAUAUUUUGUGUUACAUUGUGAUGAAUGACAGCAUCAUACAGGUUGAUCAAUUGUAAGUUUAUUUUCAGAUGUUUAUAUUUUUGUGAUACUGUGUAGCUUUGUAAACAAAAUUAUGUGUAUUAGCAAACAAUUUCAGAAUUUAGCAAUCUUGUCUUUAGGCCAAUGGGAAUCAAACCUGAAAUUUGCAUUUUAAUGUAUGACAGUUAUCUCAAGAAAAGGUGCUACCCAAAUCUUAACUCUUUUUAUUGCGAAAGAGCUGUCGGCUAUUUUCUGUAAGGAAUUUUCAUUAUGAUGAGUUUAUUUUGCAUUAUUAUUAUUUGUCUUCAUUUGCCAAUUGUCAAAAGAUUUUUGGAAGUUUAAAAUAGCAGUCCAACCUAGAAGUGAUUCUUUGAUAGCAUAUUUAAUACAGUGUAAUUUAUUUUAAUGUUUGUUCUCUUCCCUUUAUUAGUUGCAUUUUUAAGUUUUGCUGCAUAAGUACAGUCUGUCCUCUAUGUUCCAUUAAAUCAUACCAUGCAAAAUUAGUGACUGUACAUAUGACAAUGAUAUGUCAUUGAUAUCAAACUUCAGUGAAAAAGAUUGCAAUGCCAUAAAAUGUUGUAAAGUGACAAAGUUUCCAGAACAAGAUGUUGGAUACAAAAGUUGUAUAUGAUUGUGUAAACAACAUAUUUACUUUAAAAUAGAUAUUUCAGAACCCUCUUAUUUUUAUUUUCUAUUUGUAAAAAAACUUGUUCUAGAAAGCUUUCAAAUUUCAAAAUAAAGGUAGCCCAGGAAGAACAUGAAGUGUUUUGUUACCCGCGGGAAUUUAUGCCCAUUGCAUUCUAGCAACCUACAAAUUCUAGCUGUUGUCAGAAUAGUACAAAGCAGUUAGUAUUUCAUUGUUUUCUAUUUUCAAAAAUAUUCAAAUGAUUUGAUAAAAGACAAAAUUUAUUUUUUAAAUAAAGGAUUUUCCUCUGUAUUGCUAAAAUGGUUUUAAAAUGUCUUUGCUGUAUCAGUUUUUAUUUUCUGUUUAGAAAUUUAAUUAAAAAGUGAUCUUUAAAAAAAAA